ACGUGUCACCACCACCACCAUUUCCCCCUCUUUUCUCUCUCUCUCUCUCUCUCUCUCUCUCUCUCUCCAAUUGAAGCUUCUGCCAUCGAAUUGUUGUACUCAAAACCAAAGAUCUCUCUCUCUCUCUCUCUCUCUCUCUCUCUCUCUAAACAAGAGGCAGAGUGGUUGAAUUCGUACCACGGACCCGAUAUCAGCGGCUGAAUCUUCGAACUAAUUACAUCGCCCGACACACACUACAUUUGGAUCCUCAAUUUACGUUCAGGUUGUGGUGGUUGCCGUGAGGUUUGAUCUGAUCGUCUGUUCGUUGCUUCGCCAUGACCGCUACCGGCGAGUUGAUCUCCGUUCAUCCCGAAGAGCUCACGUUCCAAUUUGAGUUGGAAAAACAAAGCUAUUGUGAUCUUAAAGUUGCGAACAAGACAGAACAUCAUGUUGCCUUCAAGGUCAAAACUACUUCUCCGAAGAAGUACUUUGUGCGACCAAACAGCGGUGUUAUCCAACCGUGGGACUCAUCUGUCAUAAGAGUCACCCUUCAAGCUCAAAGAGAAUACCCUCCGGAUAUGGAAUGCAAGGAUAAAUUUCUCCUACAGAGCGUGAUUGUGCCCCCACAGACUGAAAUUGAUGAGCUUCAGCAAGAUACUUUCAACCGAGAGAGUGGAAAGACGAUAGAAGAACGUAAACUCAGGGUUGUCUAUAUCAGUCCUCAAGCAGCCCUUGGAAAUGUGGAAGACGAAGCAGUAACGGGCUUCAAACAAAGUCCUGAAAAUAGCUCUAUGCACAGCUCCUCAGGCUUUGAUGAUAAUCAGGGUUUGCAACGGCUCAAGGACGAAAGGGAUACACUUGUUCGACAAACACAGCAGCUGCAGCAGGAACUGGAAAUGCUGAAGAGGAAAAGGAAUCGGAAAAGUGACAUUGGCUUCUCAUUCAAAUUCGUAUUUUUCGCUGGACUCAUUGGGAUCAUGGUUGGCUUCCUUUUAAACCUUUCCCUGUCUUCGCCUUCAACGUAGUUAUUUCUGCUGUGAAGCAUUUCUAGGAUUCGGUUUUUGUUCUUUAUUUAGCUGUGUAAGUUCUUUUCUUCCCCGAAAAAUGGAGCAUGUGCUUUCUGCGUUCCCUUUUCUUUGUAAAUUGAUCAUUUGUUUGUUUCUCGGUUGGUUUGAGUAAUAUAGUGGAAUAUAAUACUGCUUUUUCUUUGGUCUAUAUAAAUUAUGUUCUGGUUUGUA